AUGAAUAACGCCAUCAAAAACUCUCUUGACAAUAACAUUCCAAAGCGAAAGUGCAUGACACCCACCCGUAACAUAGACCCUCUCAAACAUUACUUCAGUGCCAUAAGAGUCACCAAGAGAGCAAUUAAUGCGUCAAAAAACAAUAACAGUGAAGAUGUCUUCUCAAGACUUCCAGCCAUCGCCUCAUUAGCUUUACGAAAAAUUACCAUUAUCAACAAUAAAUAUAUAUCUAUAUACAAUCCUCAACACAAACAUCCCCGAGUAUAUUAA